AUGAUAUACAACACCGUAGUCCACCAAGAAUGUACAAUCGAAAUGAUACCGCGAAACCCCGACCGAAUACCUGGAUCGGCCGAAGGUCGAUUUUCACUGUCUCCACUAGGCGUUCAAAGUCCAUCGUCAGUUAUCGCAUACGAUUUUUCGUUUUUGAACGAAACUCACACCAUUCAAACGGAGUCAUUCGGCUCACAAGUCGAGCAAACUGCUUCGUGGACGGAAUGCUCAUUAUCCACAACCAAUCCUAAUCGCAUAAUGUCCGAAACACUGGCAACAAGUAUCCCCACCGACGUCGUCGACAGUGCUCGCGAUAGUCGUAUACCUCCAGGAUUCACAUCUACACAUUCGUUGAACUUGAUCGGUGACGAAGUCGACGAUGGCACACACUCGUACGCUUCCUUUGAUCCAAUGGCUGGUGAUGAUCACGACAAUUCAGCAGUCACACAUGGAUCUGAUCCGAUGAUUGCCUCUAUAAGUUGGAGAAAGCAUUCGUUAGAAGACAUCAAGGCAAUUAAUGCUCAUCAGCGAUCGUUUUCUGCCGAGGAUACGUUGUGCAACAAAGAAAACCACUAUGACCGUGCUUCCAUUCAAAAUGGUCUAUCGUUCAAAAAAAUGGAUGGGAAUGAUUCUGGCAAUAUAAGCGGUAAUGUGGAGUUCCCGCUGAACGGCACCACUGAAGAGGAUAGGUGCGAGAAAAUUGAACCAUUAGAGCGAACACUUGUUGCCGAGGAGGACCGUACCUUGGAUAUGGUCGAUAUAGAAUCUGUUCAACAAGAGGAGAUACGCCGAAUUGAAGAGGCCGUAAACAGUUUGACUGAAGAUUUGGAAUUACCUCGAGCUUCUGACCAGCGGAUUUCUUCAACUGACGAGGACUACUGAAGUGCAUAUGCGGUCACAACGAUCUCGCGAUGUUGUCCGUGCCAGUUCCGUCGUAUCGAACAGAUGUCAAAGUCAAGUGGGGUAUUUCUUCCACAAAUCGGUCUAAGUGACACUGCCGCCUCGGCUCCCACACUGGAUCGAAACAUGAGCAGUUCCGACCCAUCUGUCAACGAGGAGAAUCCAUCGAAGCCACGAGAGUGUCCUCCACCGGUUGUGCUCACUCGAAAAGCUUCUUCAAUCCAUAAUGAUUCGUGGAAGAAACAGUGUGCGACUGAACCUCCAGUUCAACCCACGCCGGUGCAGAUGCGAAAGGAGCCAGUCUUAACGGCUUCACGCCCGCAAUCUGUGAAUCGUAAUGAAAACGACAAUGCGACGACAUCUCCACCAUCGUCGAGUACAGCGGCCUCGUUUUCCCGUGGCAUGAGUUUCAUGCGACGAAGUCUGCGUCGUCUUGCGGGCGAUUCGCGACGCGAUUCCCUAGACGCCCCGAUGUUUCAUUCGUUGGACACAGUCGGCGCAUGCGAUACGGCGGCGGCCGCUCCGCCUCACGUACAGUCGUCAAUCGAUUGUGCAUGUAUGGUGCAACUGGAUGAGUGCGACGUAGCCGCUGUCAAAUCGGUACGACGUGUGGCUACCGUACCGAUACGCCAACGGACAACGGCGCACCAUAAUAAAUCGAGGGCAGGAGACAGGAUUGAAAAGAAAAAGACGAAAACUGGGUCGGAUACGUUCUCAUUUGGAAAUCUCUUUGGAACGAAUAAGGGCGCUAGAUCCAAAAAGCCCUCCUAUCCUCACGAGGUAUUUGGGGCUGGUGCGAUGACUGGAGGGCCCAUGUAA